UACUGUUGUAUUGGGGUAUGGCCUUGUAAUUGUGACUUCCUCCAACAUGUCAAUAUUCACUAUAUAUAUAUAAUGUAAUAACAGUCUUCCUCUUCGUCCUUCCUCCCUACCAAUUAAAUCUCUCUUUUUUCUCUCUCUCCUCUUUCUCUCUCUCUCUCUCUCUUUCUCUCUCUCUCUCUCUCUCUCUCUCUCUCUAAGCACUAAUUCCCAAGUCUCUUGAAGGUAGAGGAGGAGGAACCAGCCAUGGAAGCAGCAGGUGGUGAUCAUCAUCAUGAAGAGGAAGUCAUGAUCUUGGGGUGCAAGGAACAACACUACAAUAAUAUUAAUAUUAUGAAGGGUAAGCGCACAAAACGCCUGAGGCCCCAAUCCCCAAUGCCCUUUGCCAUCCCAAGAAACUCAUCUUCCCCCGAGGGUGGCAUCGGCGGCCUUGGAGGUGGUGAUGGCGGCGAAAAUAAUAACGAUUGCAUCAAUAGUACCAACUUGUCCCCCACCACAUCAGCUGAAUUAUUCCAAGACAGCACCACAUCAGAAGAGGAGGACAUGGCAAACUGCCUAAUUCUUUUGGCGCAAGGCCAAUCCCGGGCGGCUUCUUCCUCCCCCGAUCACCACCACCAACCCCAUAAGCAUAUGACUACAAGUAGUCGAAGAUUCUUGGAAGCAACAACUACCCCCGCGGGAAAGGUGGCGGGGGCGGCAGGGUAUUAUGUAUAUGAAUGCAAGACUUGUAACAGAACGUUCCCUUCUUUCCAAGCAUUAGGGGGUCACAGGGCGAGUCACAAAAAGCCGAAGGCGAAUAUAGGAGACGAUCACAAAAACAAACACUUUGGAAUUGGGUUAUUGCCACCGUCGGAUGAAGAUCAAGAUACGCAAUUGUUUAAGAACAACAGUUUCGACAACAACAAGAACAUCAUGACAUCUUCAUCUCCACUUUCUCUCCAUUUGAGCAAUAGGGGUUUGGUUUUGAGCUCCAACAAGUCCUCUUCUAAAAUCCACGAGUGCUCAAUUUGCAGCGCGGAAUUCACGUCCGGACAGGCCUUGGGCGGCCACAUGAGGCGCCACAGGGCGCCGACUGGAGCCACCAACACAACCUUGUCGUUGACGUCUCCGCCAGUCUCAGUGGCCUUUGAAUCUCAUCAACAGCAACAACAGCAGCAGCCACGGCUGCCCAUGAAGAAGCAAAAAAGUAUGUUGAAUUUGGAUUUGGAUCUCAACCUUCCAGCACCUUCAGAAGAUGAUCACCACAGAGAAACCAAGUUUGUGUUUGCAUCAAAGCAGCAGCAACAAGAACAGCAGCAGCAAGAAAGGUUAAGAACACAAAUUUUGGUGGACUGUCAUUACUAAAAAAAAUGAUUAAGAUUUUUUUUAGUGAUUUCUUCACUCCACAGUUGAUAUGAUCAAUGGUCAACUUGAUGUGAAUUACCAACUCUUUUUUAUUUUUUUAAUAACUUUUCUGUUAUACCACCAUUCAAAAUUGAAACACUAUUCUGUAGCUUCUUUCGAUUCAUCUUGACCAAUGUUAUGGAAAUAUACGGACUUUGAUCUAAUUAUUUUGUUAAAGAAAAUGUUAAAUUUGUGUUUCUUGAUUGAAAAGUGCAUGGUCAUGAGCAACUUUUUGUUUUUGUUUUUUUGGCUUUAGCUUUUCAAAAUUCAAUCGAACUUUGUGACUUCGAGUACAAAUAUGAAAAUUCUUAACCAAUUGAGCUAUAAGUCACUUGUCGCCUCUUGUUUAAUUAGAUUAUGGUGUUGUUGCAUCUUCACUUAAAUUUGUUACCACCAUACGACCAUAAAAAGUCAUGAUGCUGUAAGUUUCAUUGUUUCAUUUAUA